AUGAAGGUCUUUUCCAACUCGGUAACCUUCAACUACUCGUGGGAAGAGGUAUCCACCGCCAACUGGCAGAAGUAUGGUCCAUGGAACGAUAAGUCGGCACAUGUCAUCGCUGUCGAUACCAUCAGCCGCAAUGUCGACGCCACAACUGGUAUCCUGCGCACCGAGCGUUUGAUUACCUGCAAGCAAUCCGCUCCCGAGUGGAUCAAGUCCAUCCUCGGAGGUAUGGAUACGAGCCAGGUCUUUGAGAUCAGCUACGUCAACCCGGCCGAGAAGACCGUCACCAUGGUAUCGCAGAACAUUACCAUGUCCAACCUCGUCAAUGUCCAAGAAACCGUCGUCUACAAGCCUCUCAACGCCCACCAGACUCAGUUCGUCCAAGAUGCGAGGAUAACUGCGCUCUGCGGCGGCUGGCAGAGAAUCAAGAACAGCAUCGAGGAUACACUGGUCACGCGGUUCAGGGAAAAUGCCGUCAAGGGCAAGGAGGGUUUCGAGUGCGUCCUAGCCAUGAGCCGGUUAGCAUUCGCCGAGGAGCGCGCCAAGCAGGCGCUAUAG